UCCACCAUAACACGGUCGUUGUCGUCACAUUUACGGCAGAAUGAACUCUGAGCAGCCGAGCGAAUCCAGCCGCGGAGAAGAGAAGUGCUCGGGUUCAACGCCGGAGCCGAGCGACGUGAAGAAAGCAGCUAACAAGCGAACACCAUUUUCCAGAUUUAAGAGGGUGCACUCCAACUUCAAAUCACCUAUUCAAGUAACUGAGAGGGCUAAAGUGAGUCCUGCAGAGGAGGUGGCAGAGCUAGAGCAGAGGAGAGAUCAGCUGGAUGCAGAGAUAGCACAGCUGGAGGCUGAGGGAUGCAGCGUAGAGGAGCUGGAACGUCAUAUUGAUAUGCUGCAUGAAUACAAUGACAUCAAAGACAUUGGACAAUCACUCCUGGGUCGUAUUGCUGAUCUGAGGGGGACCACCACUCGAGAUCUCUACAGCCACUUUGGUCUGGAGCUGGAAGACUGAAAAUAUAAAUGAAAAUACAGUGGUGAGAAUGGUUCCCAAACACCGAGGGGAGGGAGGCCUAAGGAUAAAAACAAAGAAAAGGAGCAGAAGCACUUUUUGGUAGGAGUUUGGAUGUGGACUAAAGAUGUGAUUGGAGAAACUGUAUUGACCUGAACUUCCUCCUUUAGACAGAGAGAGAUCUGAUUAACGUCAGUGAGCGUCAU